AUGACCAACUUCAAAAUCCAAAUCAUCUCAGACACCAUCUGCCCCUGGUGCUACGUCGGCUAUCGACGCCUCUCCCGCGCCAUAGUAGCACACAAAGCCAGCAAUCCCGCUGACACCUUCACCCUAACAUGGAACACAUUCUAUCUCAACCCCGCACUUCCCGAAUUCCCUGGCAUGAAUAAAGCCGAAAUGUACGCCGCAAGACUAGGGCCCGAGCGCAUGAAAGCUGCAUUCUCGCGUCUCACCUCCGUCGGCGAAAGUGAGGGUAUCAAAUUCAGCUUUGGUGGGAAUACGGGUAAGACACGGGAUUCUCACCGGUUGUUGUGGUAUGCUGGGCAAUUAGAGGAGGGCAAAAUGAGUCAGAUCGGUAAUGCAACUCCGGCUUCUCCUUCUGCUUCUACCGUGGGCGGGUUGCAAACACACGUUGCGGAGAAGCUAUUUCGCGCGUACUUUGAAGACGAAAAGAAUAUUACUAGUCCGCAGGUCUUGUUGGAGGCUGGUGUUGAGGCCGGGUUGGAUCGGGAGGAGGUUAAGAAGUUUUUGGACUCGGAGGAGGGAGGGGCGGACGUUGAUUCUGAGGCGAAGGUCGCGUCGAGACGGUUGGUUACUGGUGUGCCAUUUUUCUCGAUUCAAGGGAAGUAUUCUGUGGAGGGGGCGGAGGAGCCUGAGACAUUCUUGAAGGUUUUUGAGCAGAUUAAGGAGAAUGAGAAGGCGUAG